CUGCAGGCAAAGGAGUCUCUGUUAGAGGAGGGCCAGCUGGGGCCACAGCAGGGCGGACGGACAGAGGGACUUGAUGGAGGAGCUGGUAGGGCUGCAUGAGGGCUCCUCGGGGAACCCUGUGACUCUUCGGGAGCUAUGGGUCCCGUGUCCCCAAAUCCGCCGAGGCAUCCGAGGUGGCCUGCAGUGGCUGAAGCAGAAGCUGUUCCGGGUGGGUGAGGACUGGUACUUCCUGAUGACCCUUGGGGUGCUCAUGGCCCUGAUCAGCUACACCAUGAGCUUCGCUGUCGACCGUGUGGCUGGAGCACACAAUUGGCUGUACCGGGAGAUUGGGGACAGCCACCUGCUCCGGUAUCUCUCCUGGAUCAUGUACCCCAUGGCCCUGCUCUCCUUCUCCUCCGGCUUCUCCCAGAGCAUCACACCCUUCUCUGGAGGUUCUGGAGUCCCAGAAUUGAAGGUCAUCUUGUCGGGGGUGGUCUUGGAGGACUACCUGGAUAUCAAGAACUUCGGGGCCAAGGUGGUGGGCCUCACCUGCACCCUGGCCAGCGGCAGCACCAUCUUCCUGGGCAAAGUGGGCCCCUUCGUGCACCUAUCUGUCAUGAUGGCUGCCUACCUGGGCCGUGUGCGUGCCAAGGCCAUUGGGGAGUCCGAGAACAAGAGCAAGAGAAAUGAGAUGCUGGUGGCGGGGGCGGCGGUGGGCGUGGCCACAGUCUUCGCAGCACCCUUCAGCGGUGUCCUGUUCAGCAUCGAGGUCAUGUCUUCCCACUUCUCCGUCUGGGAUUACUGGAGGGGCUUCUUUGCCACCACCUGCGGGGCCUUCAUGUUCCGCCUCCUGGCAGUCUUCAGCAGUGAGCAGGAGACCAUCACCUCCCUCUUCAAGACCAGUUUCCGGGUGGACGUCCCCUUUGACCUGCCAGAGAUCUUCUUUUUUGUGGUGCUGGGGGCCAUCUGUGGCAUCGUGAGCUGUGCUUACCUCUUCUGUCAGCGAGUGUUCCUGGGCUUUGUCAAGAACAAUCCGAUUAUCUCCAAAAUGAUGGCCACCAGCAAGCCUCUGUGUUCCGCCCUGGCGGCCUUGAUUCUCGCCUCCAUCACCUACCCGCCUGGCUUGGGCCGCUUCAUGGCGUCUCGGCUGUCCAUGAAUGAACUUCUGAACUCACUGUUAGACAACAACUCGUGGGCACUGAUGACCCGGAACUCGUCCCCGCCCUGGCCUGCGGAGCUCGACCCCCAGAACCUGUGGUUCGAAUGGUGCCACCCACAGUUCACUAUCUUUGGGACCCUCUCCUUCUUCCUGGUUAUGAAGUUCUGGAUGCUGAUUCUGGCCACCACAAUCCCCAUACCCGCCGGGUACUUCUUGCCCGUAUUCAUCUUCGGAGCUGCCAUCGGGCGCCUCAUAGGGGAGGUCCUCUCUGUCGCCUUCCCUGAGGGUAUCGUGGCUGGAGGGGCCACCAACCCCAUCAUGCCUGGCGGGUAUGCGCUGGCAGGGGCUGCGGCCUUCUCAGGGGCUGUGACCCACAGCAUCUCCACGGCGCUGCUCGCCUUUGAGAUGACCGGCCAGAUCGUGCACGCACUGCCCGUGCUGAUGGCGGUGCUGGCCGCCAACGCCAUUGCCCAGAGCUGCCAGCCCUCCUUCUACGACGGAACCAUCAUCGUCAAGAAGCUGCUGUACCUUCCAUGGAUCCGGGGCCGACACAUCAACUCUCACGGCAUGAUCGUGGGGCACUUCAUGAACUGCACCAUCACCACGCUGGCCAAGGACACGCCACUGGAGGAGGUGGUCAAGGUCGUGACCUCCACAGACACGCCCGAGUUCCCCCUGGUGGAGAGCACAGAGUCUCAGAUCCUGGUGGGUGUCGUGCAAAGGCCCCACUUGGUGCGGGCCCUCCAGGCUGAGCCGCCUUCCUGGGCUCCAGGACGGCAGUGGUGUCUCCAGGACAUCUUAGCUGGGGGCUGCCCAGUGGAGCCAGUGACCCUGAAGCUGUCCCCAGAGACCUCCCUGCACCAGGCACACCACCUCUUGGAGCUGUUGAACCUUCAGUCCCUCUUCGUGACAUCUCAGGGCAGAGCUGUGGGCUCCGUUUCUUGGCUGGAGUUGGAGAAAGCAAUUUCCAACCUCACAAAUCCACCGGCCCCAAAGUGAGCCAGCCUGGCAAGAUGAAACAGGGCACCCAGCUGCCCCGGUGAGGGAGAUUAUUGCCUCUCUUCCCCCACCACAACACACCCUUCCCCUCCAGCCAGCUCAAGUCUUCAGUGAAGCAGGCAGCUGUAACCUAGCACUGAAGAGG